AUGAACCUACGACAUGCCAAUUGGAGAUCUAUUACAUUCGAAGUAACUAGAACAAGGUACUAUUCAACUCAAGCUAAAAUUAGAAAUGAUAAAGCUGUUGAGAUUGCGCCAAUAAACCAUUUAGCCUCAAUUGAAGAUGAUCCCCAAACACCAACCAUUCCAAAACAGAAUUUAACCAAGGGAAAAGAUAAAAUAUAUCCACAGAUCAAAUUAACAAAGCAGGAUGUUAAAAAAUAUUAUACCUUACUAAAAGCAUCGGAAUAUAGUUUAUCAUUACCCGAAGAUUUCAAAUUAAAAAAAUCAUUAGAUUUAUGGAACAGGAAAACUUCAAAACAACAAGAUUUGAUAAAAUCAAAUUUUGAAAAUAUUGUACAUGAUAUUUUGGCUAAAAGCAAUACAUUCACUUCCCAUUUUAAGGACGCAAUUGCUCCGGAAGAAGGAGAAAAUGCUAGAGAAAAUGCUGAAACCCAUGAAAAGGAUGAAAUAAAAAGAAACAAAGAUGUUAAUCAAAGUCAAGGAGUUCCUAAAUUUAGAUACAAUUUAACAUCUGGAACUUUAUCAUUAAAGUUUCCAAUGCCUGAUAGAAGAGUGAAAAAUUAUUUUAAAUUCCUUGAACUUAAAAAACUAAGAAAUGAACAUAAUGGUCUAACAUUUAUUGAAUUCAAUAAAGAAUUAAAUAAAUUAGAUAUUAAAUGGAGAAAAUUGAAUGGUGAUAUAAGAAAUGAAUUGAAAGAGCAAUAUGAAAAUUUAUUGUUGAAAGGGAAUGAUAUUAAUGAUGAUUUGACUAAAAUAAUACCUAUUAUUUCUAAACAUGGUGAUAAGGCCAUAACUGAAAUUAGUUAUGAACCCGAACCUGUACUAGAUCCGGGAAAGAAUCAUAAACGAAAAGUACCUGCUUUGAAAUUUAUUGUAAAUGAAAUGACUGGAUUUACUUAUGUUUUUGGAUUAACUUAUUUUCAUGUUUGGAAUUACUAUUUAAGUAGGGAAAUAAACAAUAAAAAACAAUCAGCAACCGAUAUAAAUUUGAGUCAAUUGAUCAAGAAAUGUAAAGCAAAUUGGAUUAAAAUAAAUAGUGAAACCAGAUCUAAGAUAUUUGAUGAAUACAAACGAUUGUUAGCAAGUGGAAAAGAUAUGCUCAAUGGUGAAAUUUCAUCAAUUGAAGCUAAAAUGAAAUUGAUCAAUAAUUAUAAAACUUAUAGUGUGAUAAAAGUCAGAGGUACUACUUAUGAAUAUGAUGAAAAAUAUAUAGAAUCACAAUGGAAGGAUGUACCUGAAAUGACAUUUUCACAACUAACAAAUAAAUUUUUCAUUAAACAACCAUCAUCUUUAAGAUUUUUAAAAAAUCAAAUGACUGGUAAAAAUUUAAUUAUUGGAGAAUUGACAUUAUUGCAUGCUUACAAUUAUUUUAUAUUUGAAAAUUUUAAAAGUUUUGUUGAAGGUGAAAACAAAGUGUCAUUUCUUCAUGUCAUUAUUGGUAAAUGGAAAGCUAUGAGUGAUGAGGCUCGAAAUGACUACAAAUUAAAAUACAAGCAACUACUAGAAUCAGGUUAUGACAUAUAUUUAGGUGAAAAUAUGUCGAUUGAAUCAAAAUCCGAAAUAAAUAAUUUUAAAAAUGUUAGUGUAGAAGUAUGGGGUCAAUUACCUCCAAGUUAUAACUUGUCAGGUAAAAAACAAAAUAUCAAACCACCUUCAAUUAUUAUUGAUCAUAAUUCCAAAAAAGUUAAAUUAGUUGAACCGCUAAAUGAUGUUCACAUAUUUAAUUAUUUUUUAACUCAAAAUUCAACUGAUCAAAACAUUUCAAAUUUACAAGAUCAAUGGCUAAAGAUGUCAGAUCAAGAGAAGCAAAGAUUAGCAGAUGAAUAUAAAAAUCUAUUAGUUAGUGGGUAUGAUUAUUUAUAUGGGAAACUUAUUUCAAUUAAUGAAGAAUUACCUAAAUUACAAGAAUUAAAAAAUCCAAAUGGUAAAGGAACUAAAAGAUAUCAAAUUUUAAUGAAAGAAAAACCAAUUGUUGAUUCAAAAAUCGAAAAUGAUGAAGAAAUUUUCAAGUAUUAUCAACAAUUGAGAAUGGAAGAAUCAAAUGAUAAUAGUGAUGAAUUUUUCAAAAGGAUUGAAAAAGAUUGGAAGAUUUUAUCUGAAACUGAGAAAAAUGAUAUCAACGUUGCUUACGAAUUAUAUAAAAAUUUUGCAUUUAAUAGAUAA